UGCACUUGACGAACUUGAUCCUGAUCAAUCUUUUCUGUAAUCUCUGGUGUUUACUAUUGUGCUCUUCGCAAUCUGUUAAAAAUGUCAAAAGAUUAUAAAAAAUUGGCGUUUCAUUUUUUUCGAAAGAUUAAAAACACGUAGAAUUUCCUCAUGUUUGAGUGAAAGUUAAAAUACAUAAUGCUUGUUUCCUCAUUUCGGUGGUGUUUAGUGAGAUAAUCGUACGGAGUGGACACUUGUUGAAAAGUACAUGUGAUGUCUGUGUGAACGAUUUUUAUUUCCGGGCAUAAAUAUCUUGCCAAUCAACUGCCAUUUUUGUUAAUUAAUCAGCAUACAAAGUGUUUUCUUUUCACCAUAAGAAUGCAAAAUGUGCUGGAAAUAUGUAUUUAUUGCACUAAUGUUUAUCUGCACAGUAGAAUCUGGUUAUGAUGAUGAUAAUUGUAUUUACAAAUAUAUUUGCGACGAUGAACCAACCAAAUAUGAGAGGGAUGUGCAGGGGAAAAAAUUGCAAUGCAAUAUCGACAAUAUUCCGAUGAAUGAGUUGAUUUUGAUAAAUCAAGGAAACUUCAGCACAUUAAAGACAGUUCUAAACGUAUCCAACGUUGAAUGUACCUAUGACGUUGCCUUAGUCGUUAAUACUACAGUUAAGAGUCAAGAGGAGUGCGAACACCACAAGUUCAACGAUGAUUUCAGUUCUUAUCAAGAAGUUUACACCGAUUACCGGAUUUGUGUGGUGGACAAGCAAUCUUCAAGGGAGAGUGGAAGUAAUGAACUGUCAACUUGCAAGGAAGACAAAAUUGUUCUCAGUCAUGAGCACAUUUUCACUGGUUGUUACGCUCUUCGUUUUUCCAUCGAUGAUGGGAGUCGAUAUCUCUAUCAGGGGAGAAAAUAUGUUGUCUCGAAUUAUGAACUGACGAAAGUCCAAGAACCAACUCAUCAAUGCUCAUAUUUCAACAGAGAAGAUGUCAACAAUAGUAGUGAUGGAGUAAUGUUCAGCCUGGAUAUUUCGUUACACUCUGGCUCUCCAAUAUUGCAUUUAGGAUUGCGAACAUUCCCUACUGACUAUGAAAGUGAAAACAAUGCCUGUACCAACUACGGUAGAGAUUACCACGGGAGUGAGUGGGCCAUUAAUAUGAACAGUUCAGCUUCUCGGACAUCAUUCACCAAGAACUGCAGUUUCAUGACUGUCCACGAUAAUCUUACAUCCAGUGCUGCGUACGCCGAAAGUAUAGACUGUCGAUUUUCACUCAAUGUGGCAUCGAAUAUGAGUUACUGCUUCAAACUGCGGGUCCUUGAUGAGCGUUGUAAUAAAAAUUCUCUGUGGAACAUUCCCAGAAAAUUCUACCCCUGCACGUGGAUGCUAGAAUGCGACAGGAAUCCAAAGAUUCGAGAAAUUUCUGAACAUCUGGGAGAAGUCGAUGGUCCUAGAAGAAUCAUUGCUGAGAGUAGUCUCUUUCUUCCUGUAGGAAUUGCAUUAAUUCUCAUUGUAUUCCUCAUAUCUGGCAUUUUAAUGGCCGUACACCGAUGGAGAUCAACCUCCCGGCAGGCUUAUCUCAACGCGAAUAUGCGGGACUUACGAGUCGCGACUAACACAGAGGCUGAUGUGGCUGAUACUGAUGAUGAGCUGAGAAAAUGUGAGAAAACUGAGGAUACUGACGAAACAAAAGGAAUAGUGGUACUCUACGCCAGGGGUUCUACUUCGUUCAUGACUUUUAUGACAGAAUUCCGGGAUAUUCUUAAGCUUUAUUGCAAAUGUCAGGUUUUCGAUUGGUAUGCACCUUGCGAAUGGAACGAGGUAGCCAAGGUUGGCGCUUGUGAUUGGGCUACGAAUCUAUUUAAGAAACAUCAUCGCGCUGUGUGGAUAGAUACCCCUGGCUCCAGAUCCCUGGCUUCUAAUAGUUUUAGCGAUGACAAGUGCGGCGCAGAAGCCAUCAGCGAUUUUCGAGAUAUGGGUUUUUUCGCUACUCUAGAUUAUGCCAAACGUAGUGUCCGAAACACGAAACUGCAGUAUAGUAAACAUUUCAUUGUGAGACUUGAAGGAUUUGACACUGGAACCUCCACCGAAGACCCGUUCUCUGAUCUCUCUCCUCAUGCUCGUUAUCUCAUUCCCUAUCACCUCAGUCAGCUCUGCUCCCACUUAUCAUCGAGAAAAUCCGACAGCAGUGGCCAGGCUCUGGUGGCUGAAGAGUCUCACAUGAGAGAACGCUUGAAAGAAUUAACAAAAGAAUCGAAUAUGUGAUUUGGUAAUAUCUCUAUUAAUCACGGAACAAAUCAUUACAAAAUUGAUCACAUGGAUAAGUCACAUAAAAUCUAAACAAGAUGCCGACAAUUUAUCAGAAAUUUGGAAACAGCCUCUGAACAUUCUCCGAAACUUGACAGGAGGAUUAUCAGUUGAUUGUAGGUAGACUAUACAAAAUAACGAGGAAUAGUCGUUUAUUGGUUAAAAUUUGGAUUGGAAAAAUCCUCAGAAAAAUAUACGCAUAAAAUUAAAUACUACAUAUUUAAAUCUAUACAAUUAAAUCAGGAAAUCAUUGCUGAUUUUAUUCGCUGAUUUGCCGUUAAUUUUAUUCAAUAAUUUGUUGAGUAUUUUAUCGGAUACUUUGCUGUUGAUUUGAUCGGAGAGGUCGGGCUGUCUUGCUACCGUCAUGGUGGAAUCAGAAAAUCAUUUUUCCAUGAUCAGUGGGUACAAUGUGUAUACAAUAUUGUUCUAUACGAUGCAAUGAAUUUCUAUAAUUGAAUAUUGUGUGAUGAACUAUCUUGAUGAUAGUUUUCCGUGCAAUCAUUUUGCCUGUAAUUUUUUAUUGUAAUUAGUUGUCCUGUGAUCAAUAGAGGUGGCAUCUGUGAUUUAUAUUUAAGAUUUUUUAGACGAUUACUUUAUAUUAAUUACAACUCUUUAUAACAGCAUUAUUGUACCAUUUUUUAAAUAAUAAUUAUCCCCAUUACCGUGUUGA